AUGGAGGCCGAUCAUCGGACAGUAGAGGAAGAAGUGACGAUCAAGAAGGUUUCAGAAAUGCCGGAAUCAGAUAUUCUCCUAGCGGUCUCGGUCUCCGGGGACUAUCCAGACGCCGCAGCAAAGUUAGUUGUUGAUAAUCCGUUGCCGGUGACGGUUAAGCGGACGAUGACGAGCACCGGGGCUAGGAUUUCGGCGCAAAUCAGGCGAGAAGAGGAUUCUGAGGAAUCGGAGAAGGAAAAGGUGAAUGUGGCUUCCAGAAUGUCGUUUGACGACUUUCUUAGGGUCACGAACACGAAAGUCAUGACGACGGAGGAGUAUCUCAGAUCCCAGGCGAUAGGAGAGCCCAAGAUUGAACCAUCUGAAGUUGAUGAGUCUCGGUGCGAGCCGAAUUCGGCGAUUCGAGUUAAGGAGGAGGCUGAUGUUCCUCACAUUGAUGGCCUCAACGCCGAAGAGAAAAAGGACGAACCGAUGGGAGAAAUGGUGGCAGACAAGGUAAAUGUGGCUUCGAGAAUGUCGUACGAGGAGUUUCUGAAAGCUACGAACUCGAAAGUCAUGACAACGGAGGAAUAUCUCAGCUCUUGGGCUAAAGAAGAGCAGAAGAUUAAACAAUCUGAGAUGGAAGAGUCUCGGUGCGAGUCGAAUGCGAUGAUUCGAAUCAAAGAGGAGUCUGAUGUUCCUCAAAUUGAAGGUCUCAAUGCGGAAGAGAAACAGGAGGAAUCAACGGGACGAGAGGUGUCGAAUAAGGUAACUUCAACUUGGAGAAUGUCGUUUGAUAAAUUUUUGAAAGCUACGAACACGAAGGUCAUGACAACGGAGGAAUAUCUUAGAUCUCAGGCGAAAGAAAAGCGGGAGAUUAAACAAUCUGAAGUCGAAGAAUCUCGGUGUGGGUUGAACGCUGCGAUUCGAGUCAAGGAGGAGCCUGAUGUUGGAUUUGAAGGAAAAAGAUUGAAUGAGCAGGUUGAGUCUGUAGAUGAAGGUCUUGGUUCUCUGAAAAAACAAAACGUGGUGAAGCGUUUAACAGAUAUUAUGGAGGAAUUUGAACAAUGGUGUCAGGAGAAAAGCACAAGUAAACCAAUAGUGGGCUUGAAGCACAAUGUUUCAUGUGAAGGUCUCAAUGCCCAAGUGAAACAAGAGGCGCCAAUUGAAGCUGUUCCGAUUAGCUGGGCAAAGGCCAUUGUCCCAGUAAAGGAUGAACCGAUCGAUGUUGAUCCCAUCAACUGUUCGAAGCCAGUCGUCACAGUAAAACAAGAACCUAGUUUGGGAGUUGGGCAGAAGCCUUCUGUGGUGAAGGAAGAACCAGUCAAAGAAAUUACACGUGAGAGUUUCAUGAAGAAGUUCAAUAGAAUCCCUUCUAGACGAGUACAGACUUCACAGAGUACAUCUGAUGCGAAGAAGCGACGGACUGAGGAUCAAAAGCCUUGUCUUAUUCCAGUGGAGGACGGGGACUUCCCCGAAGAGCCCGACUGGUUUUUGGUGGGCAGAACAAUGGUUACUGCGCUUUCGAUCACUAAAGGCAGAAAAUUGGCGGACAAUGAGAUUGUCCAUUUCUCUUUAUCUUCCAACGAUUGGAGGUCUAAUGCACAUUGGAUUGUUCGUUUUUCAACCAAACGCCAUGGAGAGAUUGGUCGUCUUCCCAUGGAGUGGGGAAAAUGUGUUGUUCCGCUUGUGAGUUCUGGUAAGGUGAAAUUUUAUGGGCGUUGUAUUGCUGCACCAUCAUCCCUUUCUAUGAUGCAAGAUAUCAUGUUGUAUGUGAGUUUUUACAUUCAUCGUUCAAUAUUUACGGAUGAUGACAAUUCUUCAUGGGGGAGGAAGCUAGAAGCUGUGCACAUUGACUCCACGAUUUAUCCUCUCCUCACUCUUUUCAAAUGGCUGAAGAUCAAACCUUAUCAGAAGGCUGAGUAUACCCCGGAAGAGCUUGAUUCUCGCAAGCGUCUCUUAAAUCUCGAAGCUGAACCAGAUGAAGCUGGGUCGAUGCUGCCCAUUGUGAAGCGAAGGAAAGGUUGCCAGCAGUAUCCAGAGCAAGGCAAAGAUGAGCAAGCUGUUUCACAAUCUUCUUUGAAUAAGCUUGUUGGUGCAGUAGAUGCUUAUAAUUUGGAGGUGAUGGAACCGCCAAGCACUCUGACGUGUAAUCUAAGGACAUACCAGAAACAAGCUCUUCAUUGGAUGUCAGAACUAGAGAAGGGAAUUGAUGUUGAGAAAGCAACAAAGACUCUCCAUCCUUGCUGGGCAGCCUAUCGUAUAAGUGAUGAGAGAGCUUCCUCAAUCUAUGUGGACCUCUUCUCAGGUGAAGCAACAACUAGGUUUCCAACUGCAACCCAGAUGGCAAGAGGGGGAAUCCUAGGAGACGCAAUGGGGCUUGGGAAAACUGUAAUGACAAUUGCUUUAAUACUUAAAAGUUCACGCCGGGGUAGUCCUGAUGACCAAGGACUUGUUAAAAAGGCUGCUGAUAGUACUGAAAUUAUUAGGAAAGAUUCUCAGAUGGACGCCACAUUCAAACCAAAGGGUGGUACUCUCAUUAUUUGUCCUAUGGCUUUGUUAAGCCAGUGGAAGGAUGAGCUUGAAACUCAUUCAGAGACAGGAAGCAUUUCCAUUUUUGUUCACUACGGUGGAGGAAGAGCACAUAAUCCCAAGGAGAUUGCAGAACAUGAUGUCGUCUUGACAACAUAUGGUGUCUUGUCUAACGCUUAUAAAAGUGAGGGAGAGGACAGCAUUUUCUACAAGGUGGACUGGUAUAGGGUAGUGCUAGAUGAAGCUCAUACAAUUAAAUGCUGGAAAACUCAAGUUGCUGGGGCUUGUUUUACUUUAUCCUCUCAUUGCAGAUGGUGUUUGACAGGAACACCUAUUCAGAAUAAUUUAGAGGACCUCUACAGUCUUCUAUGCUUCUUGCAUGUUGAGCCAUGGUGCAAUUGGGCAUGGUGGAACAAGUUGAUUCAAAAGCCUUAUGAGAACGGUGACCCUAGGGGGUUGCGGCUAAUAAAGGCUAUUUUGAGGCCGCUUAUGUUGAGAAGAACAAAGGAAUCAAAGGACAAAGAAGGAAGGCCCAUACUUGUUCUUCCUCCCACCGAUAUUCAAAUUAUCGAGUGUGAAAUGACGGAGACCGAGCAAGAUUUUUACGAUGCCCUGUUUAAAAGAUCUAAGGUCCAGUUUGACCAGUUUGUGGCUCAAGGCAAAGUUCUACAUAACUAUGCUUGUAUCCUUGAGCUGCUUUUACGGCUGAGGCAGUGUUGCAACCACCCUUUUCUUGUUAUGAGUCGAGCAGAUUCACAGAAGUACGCAGACUUGAACAAGCUUGCUAAAAGAUUUUUUGGAACAGACCCUGACUCGGCUUAUUCAGCACCAAAUGCCCCCACUAAAGCAUACGUUGAAGAGGUAGUCGAGGGCAUUCGACGUGGCGAAAGCUCGGAGUGUCCCAUAUGUAUGGAGUCCGCAGAUGACCCAGUACUAACACCCUGCGCGCACAGACUGUGCAGGGAGUGUCUUCUCUCAAGCUGGCGAUCCCCAGCAGCUGGGUUAUGCCCAUUAUGUCGUCAAAUGAUUCGAAAAACUGAUCUCAUAACAUGCCCAUCCGAGAGCCGAUUCCUAGUUGAUGUUGAGAGGAACUGGAAGGAAUCAUCAAAGAUUUCAAGCCUCUUGAACUGCUUGGAACGAAUUCGCCAUUCUGGCUCCGGUGAAAAGAGCAUUGUUUUCAGUCAGUGGACCACGUUUUUGGACCUUCUAGAGAUCCCUUUGAAGAGGGAGGGAAUUGGGUACUUGCGCUAUGAUGGAGGGCUGACACAGAAGCAAAGAGAAAGGGUCUUGUAUGAGUUCAAUGAGACCAAAGAGAAAACGGUAUUGUUAAUGUCUCUGAGAGCUGGUGGUGUGGGAUUGAAUUUAACUGCCGCAUCAAACGUCUUUUUGAUGGAUCCAUGGUGGAAUCCAGCAGUUGAAGAGCAGGCAAUCAUGCGUAUCCACCGCAUUGGCCAAAAAAGAACGGUUUCUGUUCGUAGAUUCAUUGUCAAGGACACUCUGGAGGAACGCAUGCAACAAGUUCAAGCCAGGAAGCAGAGAUUGAUUGCUGGGGCUCUUACUGACGAGGAGGUUCGGUAUGCCAGGAUUGAGGAGCUCAAAAUGCUUUUCAGAUAA